AUGACAAAAGGGAUAUCACAAGCCACAAUGCCACGCCUUGAGCAACCGGCGCAAGAAGACUUCCGCCGUGUGCUGCGGGAAAAGGCUCUGAGCCACAGUUUGUUUUACUUGAAGCUGAGCGCGGGAGUACCAUCGGAACAAGCGCGUGUACCAGAGCAAAUGCAGGCGCACGCGCCGCGCAGGACGAGUGCCAGUGCGGGCGCGCGCGCGCCGCCGAUCGGCCGCGUUACCCGACAGGCACAACCGCGCGUUUCAGAGCUGCUACGCCGUUUUGAACCCGGUCCGAUGCAGUACCUACGGCCACCACGCACGUCCUCGCCAUCCGAAGACAUCUCGUCCUCGGAUGACGAUGACAGAGCUGCUGUCAGGCGUCGUAGUCGCGAUCUUAGCGAUGAUUCUGCAGUUGAGUUAGAGACCCGUUUACGAAGGCAUUCACAUCCUCGUGACAUCACGCCCCCACCGGACACGAUGUCACCCAGACGAGAGAGGACAUUAAUCGAGGCACAUGUGGUGGAACUGGGACGAAGGAGUAGUGAGGGCGCUGAAAUCAGAGGGAGAUGCGUGAGGACACCUAGUGUAGUUGUGAGCGACUAUUCAGAUGGAGUGGCAGUGGGAGCUACAGAAGAAGAGGUGAACUGGUUGAGGUCAAGGUCGCUAUCAGCAGACUCAGCAUGCUCGUCAUGCUCUACAUUGUCCAGCCGGGAUGAUGAAGAGUUCGUCGAAUCACCAACGAUGCCCAAAAAGAUGAUAAACGCUGAUUGA